ACUCCAGGUCCAAAGUCCGGUCCGACCAGCAGCAGCAGCAGAGCAGUGACUGUCUGCUGAACUCCAACGAUGUGGCUAAGAGUCUUCUUCACCUUUGUCUUCAUUUUCUCCAGCUGCCAGCCAGCGUCAGUCUUCCUGGAUCCACGUCGAGCACAUGACAUCCUGGUCCGGACUCGACGGUACAACUCAGGCUGGCUGGAGGAGCUGCAGAUGGGAGACCUGAAGAGGGAGUGUCUGGAGGAGAAGUGCACGUACGAGGAGGCGCGAGAGGUGUUUGAACAUACCGAGACCACGGACGAGUUCUGGAAAACCUACAACCUCCCCAACGGUUGUGAGUCUGACCCCUGUGUGAAUGGAGGCAGCUGCUCCACCCAGGGGUCGUCCUACACCUGCUUCUGUCUGCCGCAGUUCAGUGGACUCAACUGUGAGCUUGAGUUCACAGUGGCGGCUGACACCUGCCUGCUGGAGAACGGAGGCUGCAGCCAUUACUGUGAUGAAGACGAGGGAGGACGAAGACUGAACUGCUCGUGUGCAGAAGGUUACUUCCUGGAUGUUGACGGUCAGAGCUGUGUGGCAGACAAGACAAUAGCGUGCGGCAUGGUCCCCGUCCUGGACACAGGAAACAAAGCUGGUCAGCUCGACGCUCGAGCUCGAAUCGUUGGAGGGACAGAGUGCCCCAAAGGUGAAUGCCCCUGGCAGGUGCUGCUGGUGUACAAAGGUAAAGGUUUCUGUGGAGGAGUCAUCUAUCAACCAACAUGGAUCAUCACAGCUUCUCACUGCCUGGAGGACACUGACGCUCAGUUCCUGAAGGUGGUCGCAGGGGAGCACAACACAGAGGUGAAUGAAGGCACGGAGCAGCACCUCCAGGUUGCUGAGAUCAUCAUGCAUGAGAACUAUGUCAAGAGGACCGCAGACAACGACAUCGCCCUCCUCCGCCUGGUGUCACCCAUCGUCUACACGACAUAUGCCGUCCCGGCCUGCCUGCCAACACGCCCGCUGGCUGAGCGUGAACUCUGGGCCAUCAGCACACACACAGUGAGCGGCUGGGGAAGGCGGGGUGAGAACGGGCCCACCUCGCACAUUCUGCGGAGGCUCCAGGUCCCACGGAUCCGGACGCAGCAGUGCUUGGAGGAGAGUGGCGUGGUGCUUACCGAGAAUAUGUUCUGUGCCGGAUACAUUGAGGGCCGAGAGGACUCAUGUAAAGGCGACAGCGGUGGCCCCCUGGUGACGAAGUACAAGAAGACGGCAUUCCUGCUGGGGAUUGUCAGCUGGGGGAAGGGCUGUGCCCGACCGGGCAACUACGGCAUCUACACCCGGGUGUCCAACUACCUGGAAUGGAUCCACAACCAAACAGCAAUGCCGCGACACCUGCCGACUCAUGUGCCACUGCACCUGCCGCCGAACGCCACCGAGGCUUUGAUACACAACCUGACGACCUGAGAUUCAUUCUGUGGUUUUAAUAUGCAGAUCUUUUACUAUAGUAGAAAUACUUCACAGUACAAAUAAUAAUCUGAAAUAAAAGUACAACUACCACACCGUACAAAUACUCUGCUACUGCAGUAAAUAAUAUAAUAUUAUAUAAAUAAUAUUGUUGAUUAUAUUUUGUAUCAAUGAUCUAAAUCUGUAAAAUAAACAUGUUGCAGUAAAAAAGGAUACAAUAGUUGUAAAUACUAGAGUAUAAGUAACAUGAAACCUGUACUCAUGUACAGUACUUGAGUAAAUGUAGUUGAUAAGUAUUGAUCAUUUAUAUUUUAAUACCUGUGCAUAUCUGUGGAUCAGUGACGGAGUAUCAGCCUGUAAAUGUAGAACUACAGUGGUCCCAGUGUUGAUCCCUGUGGGACGCCAUGAGGAAACUGUGACAUCAUGCACAUCUUUACUCUGAAUGUGACACUGUGGCUGCUGUGAGGCGUUCAGUGACCUUCAUCUGAGCAUCUUACAGUUACUGUGAUUGUCUCCUAACAUGAGCGUAAUGGAACAAUUUAUUGACGUCAUGUUCAGGUGUUUGCGAACAUCAAACUCUCCAAACUAUUGUUGAAAUUAUAUUUUAAUUAUAUGACGACAUUACAAACGUUGUUUUCAGACCCUGAAAUGUAAAAACUGUCCUGAUUCUGUUUGAUGACAA